UCAGGAAGACGACUGUUUCCUGUGUGCAAAAUGAACCUUUCAUUAACCAAUAUCAAGCCGUGUUUAAUACAUAGUUCCCGGUUUGUUUUAUGGUGUAAGUUAUUUGUAUAGGUGGAUUUGUUGUAGGGUUUUAAUAUUUUAAGAGGUUAUAGCUAUGAUAUCUCAAAGUAAAGGUUUACUCGUGCGGAUAUCUUUCUACUGGAAGCCGCUGUUUUCGGGGAAAUACCUGAUAGUGACUAACGUUAUGGCUAGUGGAGGCAUGCUUGCUCUUGGGGACUGCAUUCAGCAGAGCAGAGAGAGGAGACACACACCGAAUAAAGCCCGGGACUGGCGGCGCACAGGGCGCAUGUUUGCAGUUGGAUGUACAAUGGGACCAUUUCUGCACUACUGGUAUCAGUGGUUGGACAGGAUUUAUGCAGGAAAAAUGGUAAAGACCGUUGCCAAAAAAGUCUUGAUCGACCAGCUUGUUGCCUCACCACUUUUUGGAGCAUGGUACUUCAUAGGGAUGGGUGUGAUGGAGGGUCACGGCUGGCUCAAAGGCUGCGCUGAGUUUAAAGAGAAAUUCUGGGAGUUCUAUAAGGUGGACUGGUGUGUCUGGCCAACUGCACAGAUGGUCAACUUCUACUUCUUGCCAGCAAAGUUUCGGGUGUUGUAUGUAAAUACGAUUACACUGGGAUGGGACACCUACCUCUCAUAUCUCAAGCACAGGGAAGACCAACAAAUGGAUGAAUUGGGACCAGAGGACUCGUCCAUGUCUCCUACCUCAGCUAAUCCACUGGAUGAUCAACUAUAGUUCCACACCGAAUUCCUCUUAAAGAUUUUAGAGAUUAUUACUCGACUCUCUUUCACUCGGACCUAAAACUGACUUAUUCAAUUACUCAGAUCAGUUCAUACACCAGCACUGAACUUUUAUCCGGCGUUCUCAAAACAUGUCUAGACAUGUUCACAUUCUCACCAGUGAAGGGGAUUCUCGCCGAGUUCAGUGUCAUUUGGUGCAGCUAACCAAUAAUACACACACACUCGCUGACCACUUUAUUAGGAACACUAUACUACUCAUGGGUAGUAAUAAGAUGAUGGAACCAUUCCUUUGUGAUUGAGAUCAGUUAAAACGAGCAGAAUUUUUUUUUUUUUUUUAAUCUGAAAAGUCCUCGUGUAGUUGUACCAAAUGAAGAAUAAUAAAAUAGUUUGAUCUUGAUUGAACACACUCCUGAAGACGCUCCUUUUAAAAGCUAUUUCACAGUAAAAUGGAUUUUAAUUUGUUUUGUUAUAUUAAAGUACAUCAUUAAUGCAGUGUUCCAGGUCCAGUGUGGAGCUGCGGUAGUUAUUUAUCGUUAUGUCUAAAUUGUAAUUUUUUCAACACUCUCCAGUUGGUUCAGUGAUUUGCGCAGAUCUUUGCUCCUCUGUAUUGCUGAUAAUCAUAAAUUUAUUUCAAAUGACAAAGUCUUGCAUGAAUUGUUAGUGUUAAAUACUAUUUUUGAAGAUUUGUUUGAAAGUGAUUUUUUUUUUCCCUUUGAUUUGGUUUGAUACCUUUUGCCUUAAUUUCUUGCCGUCCGACUGUUUUUACAAACGACUCUGCUGCUGUUUUUGUGAGAGGAUUCACAGUCCACUUUAUUAAGAACAUAUUUAUACCUCAGUUUCAUGCAGUUGUCUAAUUAACCAGCGUGUGGAAGCAGCACAAGACGGAAAAUCCUGCAGCUACAGGCCAAGAGUUUCAGUUAAUGUUCACAUCAUGCAUCACAAUGAGGGGGAAAGUGUAAACAGGGUUUGGCAAGAAAUGUGAUCUCAGUGACUUUGUACUAUGUUUUGUGCAUUUUGAGAUGCUUUUCUGUUCACCACAGUUGUAAAGAGUGGUUGUUUGAGUUACUGUAUCCAUCCUGUCGGCUCAAACCAGUCUAGCCAUUCUCCUCAGACUUCUCUCAUGAACAAGGUGAUUCCACCCACAGAACUGCCACUCAAUGAUGCUGUAUGAAACCGGUCUAUAAAAGUUGCCAAAGGCAAGUGUAUAAUUAUUUAGACAUUUUUAAACAUAAUUAUUUUGUGCAGCGCUAAACUGGCAGCUACAGUAUAGACGCCCUCAUUUGAGUUGUAUUAACCUUGUAGCUUCAGUACAGAACUGAAGAAGCAAACUUCAGACACUGUAUUGGCUGAACAACCACAUUUGCAGUUGGUUAAACUGUGUGCAUUUCUUUUUUCUCUCCUUUUUUUUGGGGGGGGGGGGUGAACCGUUGCUUUAAAAAUUGACUAUUUUAUCUAUUUUAACAGAGGUUAAAGCUGAGCUUUACCAGAGAUUUUUACAGAAGUCUCAUUGUAAAUGUAUUUCAACAAAUAAAUCUCAUAAUGUAAA